ACUUGUCCGGAUCAUAACUUGACCGAAAGGGUAAUACAUUAGUAAGUGUAUAAAUAUCCAACUGAUUCCCUAAGCUUUAUAUAGUUGUAUUUUCUUAGCUUUUUUAUUCUUCUUCCCCAACCGAAAUAUUUUAACUUUCAACACUUUAAUUCACGAAUUGAUUGAUUGAUUCUUUCUUCAAUUCAUUAACGUAUCAAUUUCAAAUUUCAAAUAUCAAUUACAUAUAAUGUUUAAAAUAUUCCGAUUUGUUUUAAUCAUCUUUUCACUUGCAUGUACAGUUCUUUCAAUAUUUGCAUUGACUGGAUCAUAUGCUAAUAAAUCUUAUUUAACUAAUACUUAUUUGUUAAAUUUUCAUUUAACUCAUGCCAAUUUAAGUGCUAUAAUUGAUACAAGUGGUAUAAGUAAAAGAGAUCUUUCAUAUUCUGCUUCUGAUAUUGGAAAUGUCCUUCAAGAUGCAACUGUAACUCCAGGACAAAUUCAACAAAUUCAAACUACUAUUAAUAAUAUUGUUUCAACUUUUACUUAUUCUGAAUUAGGUCUUGCUGAUGUAUAUCAAAUUGGUUAUUGGGGUUAUUGUAAAGGGUAUGUUCUUAAAGAAGAAACUUACUCUGGAUCUGGUGCUGUAGGAAAUGUUUUAAAAUCAUUUGAUAAUUCUCAAGUUAAUUAUACUUGGUGUUCAUCACCAACUCCUGCAUUUGCUUUUGAUCCUCUUGAAAUCUUUAAGACAGAAAUUGGUAAUAAAAUUAAUAAUACUAUUCAAGGAGCUAAUCCAUUUGGUUUCGUAGUUCUUAAUCAAGAAGCUUCAAGUUCUUUACAAGUUUUAUUAGAUAAUAUUAAUUGGGAUACUUUGAAUUUACCAGGUGAUUUAAAGAAAGAUCUUUCUUUACUUCAAAAUUUAACUAAGGCUUCCUUUGGUAUAAUUCUUGCUGUUGCUGUUUUAUCAUUUGUAUCCGUACUUCUUCAAUUUUUAGGUUGUUGUUUCUCACCUGAUAACUGUUGUCUUUCAUUUUUAAAUUUCAUUUAUGAAUUUAUUAUCUUUAUUUUAGCUAUUAUUAGUGCUGCUUUUGCUACUGGAGUUUACUACUAUGUUAGAAGAGAAGUUAAUAAUAAUACUGUCCAAUAUGGUAUUAAAUCAUUUUUAUCAAUUAACUUUUAUGCAUUCUUAUGGGCCGCCGUGGUGGCUGCAUUACUUGUGGUAAUAUUCAACCUAUUAGGUCAUUGUUGUGGAUUAUUCGGUACUGGUCGUAGAAGAUACAGAGCUGUUCCACCUCCUGCUGCCUAUGAACAUGAAUUCAAAGGUGAAAUGUAAACUUCAUCAUAUAUAUUCCUUUCUACUUAAUCCUCAUUAUUUACUCUUCUCACGUGUGUUUUACUUCUACCUACUUUAGUUAUUAUUUAUUUAUUUAGGACUUAAUAUUCAUUAGUCAAUUUGUUGGUAUAACUCAUUUUUUGCAGCUUCUACUGUAGUAAUGUAUCCAUUAGCUGUCGUGCGCAUACGCCCAAAAAAAACCAAUAGGCAAA